UCUUUCUCUGUUUCAUAUAUAUAUGUGAAAUUUAUUUUAAAAAUUGUAGGUAUGUGUGUGAAUAUAUGAUAUUUUGUCUAUGUUAAAUGUCUUCUUUCAAAUUUUUAGAAUUUUCUUCAUAUUCCUCUUCCUUGGAAUUUCUCCUCCAAUUCUAUAUCUUCCAGAACUAUCUCAGAAUAAGUGGAGUUGUGGUGAAGUUAUCCAAAAGCCAAACCACAUGUCUGCUCUGUAGACUCGUCUCCUCUGGAAGUGUCUCCCAUUUUCUUAAAAGGGUGGGUGACUGGUGCUCUACACUUGGCACGACAUGAUUUCAGGGGCACCAAACAAAGCCCAGCCAUCUCCUAAAAGCUUCUGUUAAAGCCCUGGAGAAGAUGAAGGUUUAUCUUUUCAUCUUCUGGACACUUCUAAAUUCCCUAUUCCUAACUGCCUGUAUUCAUAGCUUAGUGCAAUUCUUUUCAUGUAGCUGUCAGUCUACCCCUUCAUUCAGACACAAGUGAGAAUUCAGGGCCGUCUUCAAUUGUGUCUAAUAUUCAGAAAAAGUAAAUCAGCAAUGUUUACUAACAUAAACAAUUAUGUACCUUAAUGCACAAAAGUCCAAUAACCAUCACAUAACUAGGUUCUCUCUGCAAAGCUGCCACUAACUGUAACUUUAGUGAACAAAAAUCUAGGGUGAGGAUCACUGGAUAGAUAGAUGAUCUGCUUUGGGACCCAGGCAAGUCACAUCUCUUCUCUAAGCCUGUUUCAGGUCUACAGUAAUGACCAAGUUCCUUCCCUCCUCUAACAUUCUCUAGUUGUGAUUGCAGUAAGGAAUGAGAAAACGAAGGGGUCUACAACAUAGUAGAAAAGGCAGAGAAUCUGAAGUCUACGUCAAUGGACAGUGCUUUUUCAGUAGGAUGUAUGAGUAGCGAUGACUUCCUAGGAAGUACACUGAUGGGACCAUUUCUGCAGCUGAAGCUGGGACGUAGGUCAAGCAGGACCAAUGGUCAGGUCCCCCCCCCCCAUGACGUUCAGGUUGUCUGUUUACUCUUAGUGGUUGACAUUUUCCUAAUGAAGUGAGCUGGUUGCCUCAGAUGAACUGUUUCUACCCACCUGGAUCCUUGUCCUGUGUGCAUGAGGGCUUAUCUAGUUGCAGCCUGAGGGCACCUUGCCCUUGGUAAUUCACUGUUCAUGCCAGCUGGUGGACAGUGAGAGUUCAUAUCUUUGUGUUCUGAUUUUGAGCUCUUGUAAGUUCCUGAGCUUUUGUUCCUGGAGCUUGCAUGUCUUCCAUUUAAUUAGAUUCCUACUCUGGAAAAUACUGAUUUUUAAAAUUAGCUUGCCAACAUCAAAUCCAAUUGGCCACUUUGUUUGCCUAGUCACAGUAAUUGCCUUUUUGCCUUUGCAUUACUUCUGCCCUAGCAUCACACUCCCAUAUCUGUAGAGUGUAAACUUCAAGGUUAGGGUUCAGAGCAAGGAGGGAGCUGAGGGAUAGGAUAUCGGUGGGAAUUAGAAGGCAGCUCCUUUCUCAGCCCCUGUCAGAUAUAAAUACCAGGACAGAUGAAGAGAAUGCAUGUUUAUGUGGAUAUUAUAAAUAGAGGCUUCCUUUCUGGUAUCACAGCACUAGAUUAAACUCUAGCCACAUUCUAGCUCCAAGGGGGGAAGAAAGAGCAUUUCCACAUGCAGAAGCAUCAAUAGGGGUGUCUGGCUCUGCCAUGAAGAUUGUUCAGCACACACAUUUUCUGAGAAGACUGCAUCCAAACCCAAACUGCCUCCAGCCUGCUUUUGGGAAGAGCAUGUGCCCAGGUCACUGGGAUACUGUUCUAAGCACACCAAAAUGACAACUAGCUUUUCCCAACUGGCUCUCUGUGAAUAAGGCUUGAGCCGCAUAUGUGUGUAAGCUCAUGUUACAUGUAGAUUCCUACCUCAUAAUUGUGGAUAGCUAUAUUUAGAAACCUGACACCAACAUCUACAGGCACUUUGUGAAGUACUUGAAUCUCUAAGUAAAACAAGAUAGACUUCUGAUGAAUAAGCAUGCUGAUUUAAAUUCAAGAGAAACACCGAUCUUGUUGGUUGAUAUAGACAUUUUAAAGCUUAUUACAUCUUAUAGACAUACUUCAUACUUACAUCAUGCCCAACUUGUAUCUCUUCAGAGAUUCAUAUAAUAUAAAAACAGUUCCUUGUCUGUCCUGUAAGGUUUCAGUGAGAAGAAAACAAAUAGCAUAUUUAUAUAGGAAACAAAGAUAAUAUAGUGUGCCACAGUAACAAGACUGAUAAGAAUUGAAAUCUAGAGCCUCCAUAAGUGCCAUAUGAAGGGGAUGCCCCAGAAAAGGGAGUGAAAAGUAUGCUCUAGUGUGGUACUUUUAUUUAGUAAGUUCCUUAAAACACCUACAUUAGAAUCAUCUAUUGCACCUUUUAAGACAGGAUAUUCACAGACAUCAUCUAAGCUCAGAAUUGUUGGACUUCAACUUUUAGGUCCUUCUUGACUGAUUAUUACAUCAAAAAUUGAAAAACAGUUAUAAGAGCAAUAUAUUUGAGGCAAGGUGCUGUGGCAGAAGGGUCUCUGAAUGGAGGUCCAAGGUGCCAUUGCAUGAAGUUGUGAAAGUGAAGCUAGCUUUGGGUUGGAGAUUCCAAGGUUUCGAGGAUGCCAGAUCAAUGAGGUAUCUGCAAGGAGAACUGCAAACUAGGAGUAGAAUCAGCCCAAAACAGAGAAGUAUGUUUCAGUCAACAAAAAUGGAAGAAAUGGUAGAUCCGAAGAGUUAUCUAAUCCCUUUGACAUCAGACACAGAGCUACAGUAUUUGGAGUUUGUCCUCCUGGGUUUCAGUCUUGCUUUGGUUUAGUAUUUCCUCACUAUGCCCCCUUUCCUCCCCUUUGGAAUGGUAAUGUAUAUUUGGUGCCAUUGUAUGUUAUAAGUCUCUCUCUGCCUCCUGUUUGUGGAUCAGAUAUGAAUUUUCACCUACUGCUCUCACCACUAUGCUUGCUGGUUCACUGCCAUGCUCUCCACCAUGAUGGUGUGGACUCAGCCUCUGAAACUCCAAGCAAAGCCCAACUAAAUGUUGUUGGUUUUUUUCCCCAUAAGAUGCCUUGGUCUUGGCAUCUCUUCACAGCAAUAGUACAGUAAUUAAGACAAAUAGUUUAAAUUGAAGUUUAGCUUUUAAUGACCGCAACAUACAAAAUGACUCACUAAAUGAGUCAUUUUUUCUUGAAAGAAAGAUGGCUCAAUGGUUAAGAGUACAUACUGUUCUUGCAGAAAACCUUAGUUCUGUUUGCACCACUCACAUCAGAUACUCACAACUGUCUAUUAUUCCAGCUCCAGGGGAUCCAAGAGCCACCCUUUAUCCUGUAAGGGCAUCUGCACCAGAUAUAUAUGCUACCCCCAAAACAUACCUACAAACAGACACACAUAGCCAAAAUUACUAGCCACAGAGCUACAUAGCCACAUAGCCAUAGACACACAUAAUUAGAAGUAAGGCUAAGAACUCAGCUUAGUUCUUUUGUACCAGCCCUCCCAGCCUCCUCUUCUAGCCCAUCUCCAUUCCUGUCUGUCAUCUAUGGGUUUGUCAUAGAAGCACUUCAUAGUCACAACAUUUGUCUGGGAUCCAGAGAAUGCCACAACAACCAAAGAAUAGAACAUCUACCCAACAAAGAUUAGAUAUAGACACCAAGAAACACCUUAAACAUCAUACCUUAUGAUACAAAGAUAGUGCAAACACAAACUUAAAGAGCCAAGACAAUAUGAGUCCACUAUACAUCUUUAACCCUAAUGCAGUAGACCCUGAAAAAUGCAAGAUUUGUGAAACACAAGACAAAGACUUCAAGAUAGCAAUUAAGAAUAUGUUCAAGGGGGGUUGGGGAUUUGGCUCAGUGGUAGAACGCUUGCCUAGCAAGCGCAAGGUCCUGGGUUUGGUCCCCAGCUCCGAAAAAAAAAAAAAAAAAAAAAAAGAAAAAAAAGAAUAUGUUCAAGAACUUUAUAUGAAUAAAUUCUUUAAUGAAGUUUGUGAAAAUACAAAUGGUAAAUGAAAUAUUGAAAGUAAAACAGGAAAAUGGAAUCACUAAAGAAAACCCAAACUUAAAGAAACCUGUAAAUGAGAAUUGUAGGAUAUCAAACAAAACCCUCAGAGAUAAGCCUUACCAAUAGAUUACAAGACAGAGAAGAAAGAAUCCUGAGUGUUGAAGGUAAGUUAAAAAAAUUUAAUAGCUCUGUAAAAAAAAAAAAGGUUAAACCUAAAAAAUAGUCCAGGCACAAAAUGUUCAGGAAAUAUGGGACACUAUGAAAAGAACACCAUGAAUAAUAAGGAUAAAGAAAGAAAAGAAAGCCAAGACAUGGAAAAUAUUUUUUAAAAUACAUAGAAAAUUUCCCUAGUCUAAAUAAGGAGGUGCCUAUAAGGUAAAAGAAGUAUACAGAACACCAAAAUGACAGGACCAGAUAAGAAAGUCCCCACAAUACAUAAUAAUCAAAACACUACAUGUAUAGAACAAAGGAAGGAUAUUAAAAGCUGCAGAGAAAAAAGACCAAGUCACAUAUAAAGGCAGACCCAUUAGAUAACACAUGGAUUCUCAAUGGAGACUGAAAGCCAGAGGCCUUCUACAAAUUCUGAGAGACCAUACAUGUCAGCCCAUACUAUGAUUCCCAGCAAACUAUCAAUUAUAAUCAAUAAAUAAAGAAAAACAUUAAAUACACAUAAUAAAACCAAAUUUAAGCAGUUUUUAUCUACCAGUCCAGCUCACAGAAGGCACUAGAAGGAAACCUUCAGUCUAAAGAGGUAACCACACCCAAGAAGACACAAGGAAUAAAAUAUAAUCUUAGAACAGUAAAUCAAAAACGGGAGGAAAAGUAAAAUGACAGGAAUAAAUAAAAAUUGCUUACUGAAAACUCUCCAUAUCAAUGGUCUUAAUUCCUCCAAUAAAAGGACACUGUGGAGGUUUGAAUAUUCCUGGCCUGUGGGAAUUGCUAGUAUUAGGAGGUGUAGGUGUCCUUGUUAGAGGAAGUAUAUCAUCAUGGAUGUAGGCUUAGAGGGGUCCCAGUGUUCAGUCUUUGCCUCUUGCAGGGGAUAGUCAGAGUAAGAUGCGGAACUCUCAGCUCCUUCUCUAGUACCAUGUCUGCUUAGAUGUUACAUGCUUCCUGCCAUGAUGAUAACGGACUGAACCUGUGAAACCAUAAGCCAGCCCCAUUAAAUGUUGUCCCUUAUAAGAAUUGCCUUCAUCAAGCUGUCUCUUUACAUCAAUGGAAACCCAAACUAAGACAGAUACAAAUUAACAUAUUGGACUGGAAAAAGGGAUCUUUCUGCUGAAUUCAAGAAAUACUUCACCAUCAAGGAUAGACAGCACCUCGUGAUAAAGGAAUGAAUAAAGUAUUCCAAGAAAAUAGGUCCAAGAAGCAAGCAGUUGUAGCCAUUUUAAUAUCUGAUAAAGUAGACUUCAAACCAGAUCCAAUCAGAAAAGAUAGGGAAGGAUACUGCAUACUCAUCACAGGAAAAGUCCACCAAAAGGAUUUUGCAAUUCUAAACAUUUAUGCCCCAAACACAAGGGCAUUCAAGUUCAUAAAAGAAACAUUAUUGUAACUGAAAACACAUAUUGAUCCUCACACAGUGAUAGUGGGUGAUUUCAGUAUCCAACUCUUGCCAAUAGACAUUUCAUUCAGACAAAAACUAAACAGAAACGCUGGAGCUCAGUAACAUCAUAAAUAGCCCUAGCCAACAUUUACAGAAGUUUCCACUGAAGCACAAAAUAUAUAUACUUUUUUUCUUAGCUGCUCCUGGAACAUUCUCCAAAAUUAAACACAUACUUGCACACAAAGCAAGUCUCAACAGAUAUAAGAAAAUUGAAAUAACACUAUCCCAUCUGAUCAUCAUGGAUUAAAACUAGAUAGCAACAACAAAAGAAAGAAAGUAUACAAACUUAUAGAAACUGAACAACUCACUAUUGAGUGAAAAAUGUGUCAAGUAGAAAUCAAGAAGGAUAUUAAAAACUUUAGAAUUGAAUGAAAAUGAAAACACAACAUACUCAAACCUAUGGGACACAAUGAAUGCAGCUCUAUGAAUUCAUAGCACUAAAUUCCUAUACCAAAAAAUUUUUAGAGAGCUGGAUGGUGGUGGUAGUGGUGCCUGCAAGCCUUUAAUCCCAACACUCAGGAGGCAGCGGCAGGCAGACAUCUGAGUUGGAGGCCAGAAUGAAUUCCAGGACAGCCAGGGCUAUACAGAGAAACUCCGUCUCAAAAAAAAAAAUCAAAUGCAUACAUACACACAUACAUACAUAUGUACGUACAUACAUACAUACACACAUACAUAAACACAUAAAAUACAUGAAUAGAUAAAUAAGUUUUGGGUGAUCUCAUAUUAGUAACUUUGUGACACACCUGAAAGAUCUAGAACAAAAAGAAGAAAAAAUAUCUCAAAAGCAUAGACUUCAAGAAAUAAUUAAACUCAGGGCUAAAAUCAAUGAAAUGCAACCAACCAACCAAGCAAUACAAAGAAUCAAUGAAACAAGUAGUUGCUUCUUUGAGAAAAUCAACAGAAUUGAUAGAUCAUUACCCAAAUUCACUAAAAGGCACAGAGAAGAUAUAAAUUAAUAAAAUUAAAGAUGAAAGGGGGGACAUGAUUACAGCCACUGAGGACAUAAAGAGAAUCAUGAGGACAUAGGUUAAAAACCUAUACUUCACCAAACUGGAAAACUUACAUCAGUGACUGUCUUGACAUAUAUAACAUACCAAGAUUAAAUCAAGAUCAAAUAAGUUUAAACAGACCCAUAGCUCCAAAAUGAAAUAGAAGGCAGUAAUUAAAAGUUUCACAAUCAAAAUAAACAAACAAACAACUAAGGCCAGACAUCUUUAUUGCAGCAUUCUCCCAAAGAAUUAAUGCCAAUACGCCUCAAAUUAUUUCACAAAAUAUAAACUGAAGGCACCUUUCCUAAUCUUCUUAUGAGACCAUUAUUAUCCUGAUACCAAAACUAUACAAAGACCCAACAUUAAAAGAAAAUUAUAUGUCAAUAUUGCUUAUGAAUAUGGAUGCAAAAAUUUUCAAUAAAAUACUUUCAAAUUCAAUUCAAGAACACCUAAAAAAAUUGCUCACCAUGAUGAAGCUGGCUUCAUUCCAGAGAUGCAGGAAUAGCUCAACAUUUAUAAAUCAAUAAAAAUGGUUCAUGACAUAAACAGACUGAAAGAUGAAAACCAUAUAAUUAUCUCAUUAGAUUCAGAAAAAAUCUGACAAAAGUCCAACAUCUCUUUAUUAUAAACAAGGGACAUACCUCAAUAAGGACAAUUCAUAGUAAGCCCAUAGCCAACAUCAACUUAAACAGGGAGAAACUUGAAGUAUUUUCACUAUAAGAGCAAGACAAGGAAGGAUAUUCCCUCUCUCCAUACCUACUCAAUGUAGUACUGAGGGCUUAGCUAGAAUAAUAAGACAGCUGAAGGACCUCACGGGGAUACCAAUAGGAAAGGAAGAAGUCAAAGUAUCUUAAUUUGCAGGUGAAACGAUUUUUAUACAUAAAAGAUCCUAAAAACUCCACCAGAAAACAUCUACAUCUGAUAAAGACUUUCAGCAAAGUAGCAAGAUACAAAAUUAACACACAAAAGUCAGUAGCCUUCAAUAUACAGAUGACAGACUGAGAAAGAAAUCAGGGAAACAGUAUCUUUCAAAAUAGUCCCACCAAAACAACAAAAACAAACCUUGGGGACAGCUCUAAUCAAGCAAAUGAAAGUCUUGUAUAAUAAAAUAUUUAAGAUGCUAAAGAAAUUGAAAGAGCAGAAGAUGACAAGAUCUGCCAUCAUCAUGGCUAUACAAUUAAUACAGUGGAAAAAUAGCCAUCCUACCAAAAGCAAUCUAUAAAUUCAACACAAUUCCCAUACAAUUUUCAAUACAAUUCUUUACAGAGAUUGAAGGAAUACAUUUUAUAUUCAUAUAUAAAUACAAAAUGCCAUAAAAGCUAAAAACAGUUCUGAAUAAUAAACGAACAGCUGGAGGUAUCACCAUUCCAGAUCUCAAGUUGUACCAUAGCUUCAAUAAUAAAAACAGAGCUCUCUUCCGGUCUCUUUGGCCUCGCAGGUAGAAGCAAGAUGAUGAAAGGAACAUCAUCCUUUGGAAAGCGUUGCAAUAAGACGCACACGCUGUGCCGCCACUGUGGCUCUAAGGUCUACCACCUUCAGAAGUUGACCUGUAGCAAAUGUGGCUACCCUGCCAAGCAGAAGAGAAAGUAUAACUCGUGUGCCAAGGCUAAGAGAAGAAACACUACCGGGUCUGGUCAGAUGAGGCACCUACAGAUUGUCUACCGAAGAUACAGACAUGGAUUCCGUGAAAGAACAACACCUAAACCCAAGAGGGCAGCUGUUGCAGCAUCCAGUUCAUCUUGAGGAUUUCAAUCAGUCAUAAAAUAAAUGUUCUGGUUUCAAAAAAAAAAACCCAGCAUUGUUACUGAUAUUAAACACACAUGUUCAUCGAUGGACCAGAAUUCAAGACCCAGAUCACAAGUCAACGAGCAAGACUAAUUAAAAAAAAAUAUACACUAAAGAAAAGACAGCAUCUUCAACAAAUGGUUCUGGCUUAUGACUGCAUGUAGAAGAAUGCAAAUAUUUAUCAUCCUGCACAAAACUCAACUCCAAAUGGACCAAAGACCUCAACAUAAGACCAUAUUCCCUGAAUGUGGUAAAAGAGACAGUGGGGAAUAAGGUUAAAUUCAUCAGCAAAGGAAGAUACUUUCUGAACAUGACAUGGAUAGAACAGGUUGGUUGUAAGACCAACAAUUAAUAAAUGGGACCUCAUCAAGCUGAAAGUUUUCUGUAUGACAAAGGACAAGUUCAUUUGCAGCCUAGAGAAUGGAAAAAGAUCUUAUCAUAUGUAGGCAUAAUGUUUUUAUACACUGUGUAAAGAUUACCCUUAUGUUACUCAAACGAUUUCUCUGACCUCAUAGCUUAUUUCAGUCUAGACAUGGUACUGUAGUGCAUUUCCUGUCUCAAGUUUAUGUAAAUAAUUCUUAUCAUUUAUUCUCGACCUUGUCAAUAAAUACUGAUCACCCAGUGGCUGGGCAGAAUAGAGAAUAGGGAGGGACACACACCAACCAAAGGAAGGAAAGGAGGAGAGAGGGAGAUUCAGAUCAGCAAGGAGGAUGGAAGAAUUGGAGCUGUGAAGAAGGGGUCCAAAGAACCAGAUCAAUAAUAACAUGCAAGUAUCAUGGGAUGGGGCUGGGAGGUAGCCAGAUUAGCAUAGAAAUUUCACAUAAAUCAUUUAACUGCUCAGCUAUUGAGGUGCAGUUUUAAAUAAAUCUUAAUGUUUCUGUGUGUGGUUAUUGAGGACUGUCAUAAAGAAAUACAAACAUGGGAUGAAUACACUUUACAUUUAUAUUAAGAAUAAUUCAUUUACAAUCAUAUAUCUGAUAGAGGCUUAUUAUCUAAAAUGUAAAGAAUUUUUUAAAAACCUGAACUAAAAGAAACAAAUAACACAAUAUAAAAAUGGGGUUCAGAACUAAGUAAAGGUUCUCAAAAGGGGAAACACAAAUGACUGAGAAACAUGUAAAGAAAUGCUCAACAUCCUUAGUCACCAGGGAAAUGCAAAUUGAAGCUACUUUGAGAUUUCCUCUUAUACCAAAGUCAGUAAACCAAAUGAUAAUAUAUGCUGAUGGAAACAGGGAAGAGGGAACAAUUAUUCAUUCCUAGUGGGAGUGCAAACUUGUACAGCAACUUGUGCAGAAAUCAGUGUGAUAUAGUUCCUUAGGAUGUUGGGAAUUUGUCUACUUUCAGAUACAGAUUCUUGAGCAUUUGCUCAAAUAAUUCUACAUCCUACCAAAGAGAAACUUGCUCAUGUUUAUUGCUGUUAUGUUCAUAGUAGCCAGAAAUUGAAAAACACCUUAGAUGUUCAUCAACUAAUGAAUGCAUUAUAAAAUAUAGUACAUUUACACAAUGGGAUAUUAGUCAGAUGUUAAUAAAAAUGAAAUUAUGAAAUUCACAAGUAAAUAGAUGAAGUUAGAAAAAUAUCCCGACUAAGAUAACCCAGAUUUCAAAACACAAAUACAUUAUGUAUUGUCAUAGAUGCAGAUGUUAUCCUCUAAGCCUCUGAUUAGAUAGGCAUGCUAUAAUCUCUAUAUCUGUUAUAUGGUAAGGGGCAAGGGAAGGAUCUACUAAGGAAAGAGAAAUAGAAUAUGUAGUUAUAGGGGAACAGUAGGGAGACUAGAACAGAAGAAUUAACAGGGUGAGGGAUAGAAGAGAAAGGCAAAGAAAGGACUAUGAGGAGGGUCAAUUAACACUAAAGGCCAUUUGAAAAACCAUAUGAAAACCUACGACUGUAGAAGCUUCCUAAAAUAUAUAUGUACAUAAGAAGAACCUAAAUGGAGUCACACAUAGGUAAAGACAAUGCUCCAACUGAACUCUUUUUCUUUUUUUUUAAAUUUUCUUUUAUUUACAUUUCGAAUGUUAUCCCCUUUUCUGGUUUCCCCUCCUGAAACCCCCUAUCCCAUCACCCCUCAUUCUGCUUCUAUGAGGGUGCUCCCCCACCCACCCACCCACCACCUCCU